UGGUUUAUUUUCGUGGCCAGCAAACCAGUAAACGUGUUAUCUUAUAAUAUAUAUAUAUAUAUAUAUAACGUUAUAUAUUACAGUUUAGUAUAAUACGGCCAACAAAUAAACUAGUAUUUGUUUAGCUAAUGUGAUAUUGUAACAUUCAUGAGGUAGUGGAUUUGGACAUUUAGAGGAAGGUUAGCGAGCGAGUGAAGUUGAUGAAGCAGAGGAUGUUAGCGUAUGUGCUAGCAGGCUAGCCAUUAUAUCUUUAUCGCUACAUAUCAUAUCAAAAUUUAGGUAUCCAAAGCCACCCACUUAUCAUCGUCCACCACUGGGACUACCGCUAAAUUACCGCGCAGAGAAAUCACAGUUGCCAAGCUUGGGCAGGACAAACAGUACUCUCACCCUGACACUUCUGCUGGUAAAGUCAUAGAGGAUACAACUGGAAAGCCUCCCCAAGGUUGAGACCUAAGGAGCAAAAUGUCAAUCACGAACACUCCCACAAGUAAUGAUGCCUGCCUCAGCAUUGUGCAUAGCCUGAUGUGCCACCGACAGGGAGGAGAGAGUGAAAGCUUUGCCAAGCGCGCUAUUGAAAGUCUUGUCAAGAAGCUGAAGGAGAAGAAAGAUGAGCUGGAUUCCCUCAUCACAGCCAUCACAACGAAUGGAGCUCAUCCUAGCAAGUGCGUGACCAUACAGCGAACUCUGGAUGGACGCCUACAGGUUGCGGGGCGUAAAGGUUUCCCCCAUGUCGUCUAUGCCCGACUGUGGCGAUGGCCUGAUCUUCACAAGAAUGAAUUAAAACAUGUGAAAUAUUGCCAGUAUGCCUUUGACCUGAAAUGUGACAAUGUUUGUGUCAACCCCUACCAUUACGAGAGGGUUGUCUCUCCAUGCAUUGACUUAUCAGACCUGACAAUUUCUCCUUCAGGUCAGCGUUUGGUGAAGGAUGAGUAUGACUAUGACAACCAGCAAUCUCACUCAAGCUCCGAAAGCCACCUGCAGACUAUCCAGCAUCCCCCCUCAAGGCCCGGUCCACAGGAGACCUUCAGCAGUCCUGCUCUACUACCCCCAUUGGAGGGCAGCAGUUCAGCUUCAACCUCCGCUUUCUCCACCAUCAGUGCUGGACCCUCAAAUCCUAACACCAACUGGAGCAGAAACAACAGCUUCACCCCAGCAGUGCCUCAACAUCAGAACGGGCAUCUACAGCAUCAUCCACCCAUGCCCCACACAGGGCAUUACUGGCCUGUAACCAAUGAAAUUGCAUUCCAGCCCCCCAUAUCCAAUCACCCUGCUCCAGAAUACUGGUGCUCCAUUGCGUACUUUGAGAUGGAUGUCCAAGUUGGGGAGACAUUUAAGGUGCCAUCCACAUGUCCGAUAGUGACUGUGGAUGGCUACGUGGAUCCAUCGGGAGGGGAUCGCUUCUGCUUGGGCCAGCUGAGCAAUGUCCACAGGACGGAGAACAUAGACAGAGCCAGGCUCCACAUUGGCAAAGGCGUGCAGCUGGAGUGCAAAGGUGAAGGAGACGUCUGGGUGCGCUGUUUGAGUGAUCAUGCAGUGUUUGUGCAGAGCUAUUACCUGGAUCGAGAAGCUGGACGUGCCCCGGGUGAUGCAGUUCAUAAGAUCUACCCCAGCGCUUACAUCAAGGUGUUUGACUUGCGUCAGUGCCACAGGCAGAUGCAGCAGCAGGCAGCGACAGCUCAGGCAGCAGCUGCGGCCCAGGCAGCAGCAGUGGCCGGGAACAUUCCCGGGCCAGGCUCUGUGGGAGGCAUCGCCCCUGCCAUCAGUUUGUCUGCUGCUGCAGGCAUUGGGGUUGAUGACCUGCGCAGGCUGUGCAUCCUGCGGAUGAGCUUUGUGAAGGGCUGGGGGCCCGACUACCCACGGCAAAGCAUCAAGGAGACACCCUGCUGGAUUGAGAUCCAUUUACAUCGAGCUCUACAGCUACUGGAUGAAGUUCUGCACACCAUGCCCAUAGCUGACCCUCAGCCUCUUGAUUGAAUUAAAAGACACAAACUGUACAAAAAACAGUACAAAUACAAAAAAUAAUCAGACUGUACUUUUAACAGACCACUUUACCUACAGGCCUUGAGUGCCAGAGGAGGACUGCAACGACAGGGAUACUGAGUAGGUUGUAGGAACAAGGACAUAAAGGCCGGCAGUAUACUCCAAACACACUGCUUUUAAAUCCAGUGCUGCAGGCAGUUGCCAGUAUACUGAGUCCAGGUCUGUAAGUUCAGCGACUUCCAAACAACAGCUGGAGGAACAUGUGAGUCACACUGGGAGUUGCAGGACUCUGGAAACAUGCUGCCUAGAGGAUGCACAUGAAAACGGAAGCCAGUAUUCUGACAUUGUUCACCGAUUGGAAUUGCGUAACAGCAUGAAGUGCACAAGGCUGUGUGUCUCUCAAAUCUCAAGUUGAUAAAAUACUCGCAAAACUGAUAUGAAUUAAAGCGUCCUCACCGAAAUUAAACGAAAUAAGGGAUGAUUUAUGCUCAGCUGUGGUCUUUUUUAAGUGUGAAAAUUUCCAUAUUUUAUGAUUUUAAUGCAUCGAGCCCCCAUAACUAAUGGACAAAAUUCCUUUUGUUUAGUAAGAGGGCAAACUAUUUGGCUGAAAACCAGUUAAACUGAGCACAAUGUGGCGCCUCGUAUUGGAUGUUGUUGCAUCUUGUCUGAACACGCUAAAUGUGAUUUCAGUUGGAGUAUACUGCCAGUCCAGUCCUCCUUCAUUGGCUCUCCACUUCAUGCAAUGAGACCCUCUUGCCUCACAGAUCACAACAUUUAUGUAAAAUCAUGUUAUUCGUUACUCAUGUUUUUGUAAGAUGUAGUCUUUUUCGAUGCUGACAGUCCUUGUUUGACAUUUCGAUUUAUAUUCCCCUUUUCAGUAGUUGUUUUUAUAUGAUGUUAAGCCCAUUUUAGCUGACCUCAGCUCCUCUUUCAACAUCAUAAAACUGUUCUAGCACCAGUCAAGGCCGAUGUUUUCAAACGCAAAAUUUAAUUGAAAUUCUAAAAUAUAUUCAAAAGAAAAGGUUAUGAUAACACAUCUGUGUAAUCUUAUUUGUAAUUAUCAUUUUUUGAUUAAUGCCCAUAGUGUCCAUUAGCACUUUAUCAACUUUCGUAUUUUGUCUUGUUUAAUAGUGUCAUGUGUGGUUACUUGUAUCCAUAUGAUCUCUUUGAAUAGUUUUUCUCGCUAAUGACCUGGUGAGAUCCAUGAAAACUGCUUUAAGUGUCUGCCCAAAAUCAUUGUUUUCAGCAUCAAUCAGAGCAGGUUUCAAAGUUGUAUUUUGUCCUAUUUUGACAAAGCAAUGACUGUAACAAAUUGAGUUGUGGUUCAUAAAAUUUGAAAUCUCUUCUGUGUAGGAUGACAACCCCCUUUCAAACCUACAGGCUGUGAAUCUUUGAUACUGAAAAGCUACAUUUUGGGUAGUAUCACUUUAAGAUGGCUCACUGCAACCCUUUUUAAUUUGAUUAUUACUUGGAUGACAUAUUCUAGAUAACAGCUGAGUGAAGGAAGCAAGGGAUGAACUGUGAGAGGAAGUUUAAGCCAUAUUGAUGCCAAAUAUACCCUAUGAAAAGUGAAGAGGUUAUCAGACUGCAGUUAUUUCAGUGUUAUGUUGCUUGUAAGAGCCUGGAUUUAAUCAUCAGCUGAAUGAUUUUACCUUUUGCUCAGAACUUUUGAUCGAACAAUAUUUUGGUAUUUGGAGCUCAGUUUACCUACAGCUGUUGCAGUAUUUUAUACUCUUUUGCUACCUUUCCAGUAAUGAACCACUUAUAAUUGAAAAUGAUGAAAAAGAAUGCUGUACAAUUUUGUAGUUCAUGCUCAUCUUGAUCUUAACAAUCGUGUUAUACAUUCUGAAUACAUACAGAGUUUGAAUGAUAUUGGUGUUUAUAUAUAUGAAUAUGGUUAAAUAAAAUUUAACGGGCUAACAUGCCAAGUUGUGAAAUAGUCUUAAUUUGAAAUUUGAUUAAUGUGGCAUGUCAAAAUUAUGAGAAAGGACACUGACUUUCAACAAGAAAACGUUUAUUACUGCAAAGACAAGUCACAAAUUUUAAGAAAACAACACUAAGAAGCUAGCCUGAGCUGAGAUCUGAAAUAUUCAGAAAACCAAACUACAUGUGUCUUUAAUAGUUUCUAUAUUCAUCAAUACGACACACUAAAUGAUAAUGUCUUUAUAAAUAUAAAAGUCCCCCAAUUGUCCUUGUUUUUUUAUGUAAAAUACACAAUACAAAUCACCCUACACGCAUUGGUUUGCUUGCCAAUUUGAGAAGAAAACUUAAUGGCACACAAAAAGAAAGUCACAUGAAAUUUGUGUUUAUAUUAUAUCAGAUACUAUACAUUA